UAAUUUUUAUUUCCGGUUUGAAAUAAGCAUGAUGUGUCGCUAAAUGAAUCUCCCAAGAAAAACUGUACAAGAACAAGACAAUGAGCACAGCAAUAACAAUAUUAGGCACUUCCAUACUGGCCCUCCUGCUGGCAGGAUACUUUGGUCAGAAGUUCAUGCCACCUCCAAAGCCAAAGAUUGUAGGAAUAGAUUUAGGGACCACAUAUUCAUGUAUAGGUGUGUAUCAUGCAGUCACUGGACAGGUGAGGGUGAUACCUGACAAAGAAGACCAUCUGUGUAUACCAAGUGUAGUGGCAUUCAGAGAGAAGGCCGUGGUGGUUGGUCACAGGGCAGUUGCCCAGGCCGAACACAACCCCUCCAACACCUUCUACGAUGGGAAGAGAUUCAUAGGGAAGGCGUUCAGCACUGAAGAGCUGGCCAAAGAGGCAGGCAGGUAUCAGUUCAAAUUGGUGCCCGAUGAGUACGGCAUGAUAAGGUACGCCAUACAGCAGAGGGACAAUGUUACCAUGGUGACACCAGAGUAUAUAGGGUCCCAGAUCCUGACCACUCUAAAACAGAGCGCGGAGACCAACCUGAGCAGUCCUGUGACCAGGGCGGUCAUGUCCGUACCUGCUGAGUUCGAUGAGAUGCAGAGGAAUUACACAAGGAUGGCAGCCAGGCUAGCUGGGAUUGAUGUCCUCAGGAUCAUCAACGAGCCUACAGCUGCAGCCCUGGCGUAUGGUUUACACAAAAAAGAAGGUACCAAUAACGUCCUGGUGGUUGACCUGGGCGGAGGAACGCUGGACGUAUCCUUGCUGAAUAUACAAGGAGGGAUGUUUUCUACACAGGCAAUGGCAGGGAACAAUCACCUUGGUGGACAGGACUUCAAUCAGAGGCUUUUCAACCAUUUGUUACGUCAGAUAAAGCAGAAAUUUGGGAGGGAACUCAAAGAUCCAGAAGAUCUCCAGUUGCUACGACAACAGACAGAAGACAUCAAGUUAAAUUUGACCAAUCAGGAUGCGGUAUUUAUUCACAUCCCCUUACAUUCCUUUAGGAAAUCAGGUCACAUGGCCUUUUACAAAGACAAAAUCAUGAGGGCUACAUUUGAAGAAUUGAAUGAAGAUUUAUUUAAGAGAGUUUUAGAUCCAGUUAAAGCUGUAUUGCAUACUGUAGAAAUGGAACCUAGUGAAAUAGAUGAAAUAGUCUUAGUUGGUGGUUCUACGCGCAUUCCAAAAGUAAGAAAAAUGAUAAGAGAGUACUUUGAUAAAGAUCCCAAUACGUCUAUAGACCCUGAGUUGGCAGUAACAUAUGGAGUGUCUAUACAAGCAGGUAUUAUUGGAGGAAUGUGGCCACUCACAGUGAGUGCAAUUGAACUGCCAUCUCGGGUCAAGAAAAUUCAUAUACGAUGAGGUAUUAGUCAUAUGCACACAUGUGCAUUAAUUAUUUAUGAGUUGUUCUAAAAUAUUUUCUAAGCUAGUCAGCUUUAUUUAAGUGCAAUAUUGGCUGUUGUUUUUAUCACUGGUUGGAUAGCACUACAACUACUAUUUUACAAAAUUUUACUUAAUGUUUGUAGUAUGUACAUCAUUAUUUGAUGUUUAGAC